CGUCGGCCGCUGGGCGGCGGCAGUCCGGUGUCAGCACGGCGGCCAGAGUCCUGCAGUGGUGCUGCUGUGUCGACCACCAGCACCAGCACCAGCAGCCGGCACCAGCCGGCCGGCGGCGGCUGCAGGUGCGGCAGGUGGCACGCGCGCGGGACGCCUCGGUCCGGCCACGCUGCCGGCGGGCGCGCCACCCUGGCCGCCCUCUCGGAAAGCCCGCCGUGCGGCGGGUUCGCCGAGACCGAGUGGAGCCGGCCGCCGUCAGCCAUGCUCAGCCACAGCCUCAGCGAUGGCGAGCUGCUCUUCGCCUCCCAGUCUCGGAAGCAGAGUAACGGCACGAUGGGUCGCGACGGGCUCGGCUCCGGAUCGCGGACACCCCCUGUCGAACGGAGGCACAAGCUCUCUUCACUCGGACGGCUCUUCAAACCGUGGAAGUGGAAACGCAAGAAAAAGUCGGACAAGUUCACUGAAACACAACGCUCUUUGGAGAGAAAGAUCUCUGUCCGAGCGGCCCGUGAGGACCUGGUGAAAAAGGGCAUCCUACUACCGGAGACACCCACCACUCCUAGCGGACCCAUGGGAGAGGCGCCUGACCUUCUGAAGGAGAGGGACCACCUGAACGGCGCCGUCAGCUCGUCACCUCCGACCCACCACGCCGCGCCGCCCUACAGUCCCCUGGGCGGCGGCGGCGGCGGCGGCGGCGGCGCGGAGGCGGCCGACGGGGCCGGCGCGGCCGGGCCGCCGCCGCCGCCGCCGCGGCCCGAGCGGCCCGCCUCGCUGACGGCCAGUGUGGGUAAGUCGGGCGGCCGCCACCCGCGCUGGCUGCUCUGCUACCAGUCGAGCAGCGCGCCGUGUCCGGGCAGCUCCGGUCCGCACUCGCCGAGCCCGCCGCUGGCGCCGUCCCAGCGGCCGCCGCCGCCGCCCUACCCGGCCACGCCGCCAACCGGGCGGCCGGUCAGCCUGCCGGCGCCGCUGCACCGGCCAGCCGCCCAUGCGCUGUCGCACCACGAGUCGGCCGGCCUGCCGCCGUCACUCUCGGAGCAGGGCCUGCGGCUGGCCGAGCUCCCCGAGCCGCCGAUGUCGGUGUCGGAGAUCGGGCCCAUCCCGCCGCCGCCCAUGUUCUCAAACGGCGGCGGCGAGCCGGGAGGGGCGCCGGCGCCGCCGCCGCGGCCGCCCACCCCGCCGCCGGCCCCCGGAGACAUACCGCCCGACGACGGCGACGAGAUGGACGAGGAGGAGGUGGUGUGCGGCGACUACGAUGAUGACGACGACGAGUACUACCCGAUGGCGACGGCGCACUCGAGCGUCGACGAGGUGCCGCCGCGCGAGCCGCGGCUCGACCUCAAGCCGCUCAAGUCGGCGCUGAAGAAGGCGCGCCCGGCGCCGGGUGAGACGCCGCCUCCGCAGUCGCCGGCGGUACACUCACCGGCCGGGGGUGGUGGUGGCGUGCACAGCCCGGCCAGGCCGCUCACCGCGCGACAGGAGACGCCCGCCGCGUCCAGCUCAUCGGCGCGCCGUAUGCCCAGUCUGCCGCGGAUACGGUUCAGACCGCUUCGGUUCGGCAGCAGUUCCAGCUCGGAGAACAAAGAGAACCGCCCCUCCCCGGCUGCCGCUGCCGCCGCCGCUGCUGCCGCUGCUGCUGCCGCCGGGGACGACAGUGACGAUGACGACGGGCCGAUCCCCUACCGCGACGACGACGACGGUCCGGACAGCGGAGUGCUGACGCGGCUCGGCUCGCGGGUCCAGCGCACCGACAGCCUGGCGCUCAAACUGGCGCUGCGCCCCGGCCGGCAGGAGCUGAUUGACAGGAACAUCAUCCACGCGCAGACCGAGCAGGACCGUACUGACUGGCGCAGUGAGCUGAGCGCCAAACUGAACCGGCGCCUCAGCCUGCGGCCCACCGCCGAGGAGCUCGAGGAGAGGAACAUCCUCAAAACCAUGUCGCUGGAGGAGUCGAUCCGGGACAUGGAGAACCGGAAGGUGACGCUGCUCCGUAAACUCAGCUUCCGGCCUACCGUCGAGGAGCUCAAACAGCGCAAGGUGAUUCACUUCAACGACUACGUGGAGGUGACGCAGGCGCACGAGUACGACCGACGGGCCGACAAGCCGUGGACGCGGCUCACACCGCGCGACAAGGCCAUGAUCCGCAAGGAGCUCAACGACUUCAAGGCGGCCGAGAUGGACGUGCACCAGGACUCGCGCCACCUGACGCGCUUCCACCGGCCCUGAGGCCGGCCGAGCGCCGCCCACUGUGAUAGCGGAGCCAUCUGCCGGCCGGCCGGCGCACUGCAACUUGGCGCCGCCGCCGCCGCCGUGCGCCGGGCGCCGUUCACAUUGUUCUCAUACCGCGCGUAGGCCGCUCGUCUCGCAUCCCAUCAUCAGGCGCUCAGUGUGACGUCAUCAUAGCGUGUCUGGGCAGUGACGUCACGGCGCGGGCGCCGGGCGCGUCGCCACCAUUGUUGGGAGGGGAGGGGGAGGGGCUGGUUGGCCGCGGCCCAGCGCCGCGCGUAGGUAGCUGUUAGAUUUUAUCCUCUUAGUUUUUGAGUAAUUUGAUCAUCCGUGAAGGGCCUGCGGCACCGCCCGCCAGCCCGCCCAUACAGUGUAUAUUUUUCAGCUGAAUUACGGACGCCCCAAAAAUCUCCCGUGUAUACAUGAAUCCGUGUUUUGUAUAUACUCUUGUGAAUGUCAUUUGUUUAUACUUGUUUUAAUAAAGGCAUUGUCUUCCACAAGUCAAUGGCUUGUUGAUGAAAAUACAUCUCACCUGCAGUGUUAUAAAUUAUGUAUUCCAUCUGGUACCAACCGAAAUAUGCAUAUGCAUCUAUGCGUCUGGAAAUUUACUCACCUACUGUUGUUUCACGGUAUCGGGCGUGCUAUUUAUCUUGUUUUUACGAUACCGAUGCGUAGCUCGGAGAACAAGAUGUGAACACUGGUAAGCCGAAGUCAUGUACGAGUAACUAAAUACAAGCGCUUUCCGAUGA